AUGCACGAAAGCAGAGAGGGCAUAGAGUAUGUCGUCUGGGUUUUGUCUAUUAUCCCAAGUUUCGUAUUGAGAAGCCUUCCGUCGGUAUUCAUCCACCCCAAGCGACGUGUGUCACAGGGAGUGAACCCUCUUAUCGCUGCCGUGGAUAACCUCCGCCCGAGUUCAAACUUGGGCCCGUCAGACGAAUCUUUUCAACAUUUGCUUCGCACCGACCCUACGAAUGGUACCAUGGAUGAUGCCUUGACUGCGGUGCAGGCAUUGAUGCUAUACAUGGUGGCAUUCAUGUUCAGCGGUGAUACAGCCAUUCAGACAGCAACGAGGCUGUAUUUCAGCCGCUUGUCGAAUUGGAUCGAUAAUCUUGAGAUGCGCGCCCAUGAUAUCACCACUCAAGGGUUGACUCCAUGGCAAGGAUGGCUCUUCGGCGAAAGUACUCGACGGACCAUUCUCGCGGCACAUAUCUUUAUUUGUGUCUUUAAUAAACACCAGUACGAGCUAUCUGACAACAAGAUUCGGAUGGAAGCUCUUCCCUUCGAUGGACGUUUUGGGCUAUGGCUAGCGGAAACUCCGCAAGCCUGGAUUGCGUCAGCAGGAGAAAGGCGUGGUCAGGACGUGCCGACAAAGUUAGUCUCCUGGCAUGAAUUUAGUAUAUCUCGACCGGUCAUCCCAAUGGGCCCCGAUGGGGAUAUGUUCAUGUCAAUGUUGCUGGUUUCGCAUAAUGGGAAGGCCAAUAUAUGA